GACAUUUAUAUUGAAGCGCAGCCGAGCUGUCGGACGCAUGUCAUAAAUACAGUCACACUGGUGGCGAUAGGAUACCAUAAGCUUCUCUCUCCAUGCAUAGCAAAGAAGUGCUUUGUCUCUUAUCACUGAUUAUCAUUGUUUCAGAAGAGCUAAAAUGUUACAGUGGCUCCAAAGGUAAAUUUGGCUCGAACAUUCGAGUGGAUAAAUGCGAGGAUGGCAUGAAGUAUUGCUUCAAAUCACAAACUAAUAACAAGGACGAGAUCACUGCUUCUUGCCAAACGUUAAAUACUGGAGCAAAGCUACUAAGCAUAUGCAAGACUGGCUGCAGGAACGACAAGAAAUUAGGCAUAACGGUUUGCUGCUGUAAGACUGAUCUCUGCAAUGCGUGACUAAGAAAUCGAAGUUCCAAGAGUGCAACAUAUACUGUGAGCCGAUUCAAGUGCCGUGGCUCUUCU